AUGGGCGACCGGCAUCGCCGUCGGCACCGGCGCCGGCGUCGACAGCAGCAUGAUUUCAUCAGCAGCCUCCCCGAUGAAGUCCUCGGCACCAUCAUCUCCCACCUGCCCACCAGGGACGGCUGCCGCACGCAGGCGCUCUCCCGCCGGUGGCGUCCCAUCUGGAGCUCCGCACCGCUCAACCUCGACGGCACCUUACCUAAGAAGAUCGUGACCAGCCUUCUCUCUUGCCACCUUGGCCCCGUCCGCCGCAUCUCGGUCAGCAUGGCCCAUCUUUCCCACGGCUGGGACCGCCGCAGGAGGCGCCAGAUCGACGCCGACGCCGACAUGGUGGACGGCUGGCUCCGCUCCCCUGGCAUUGCUUACCUGGAGGAGCUCCGGCUUGUCUAUAACAAAGACGUGCUCGCGCCGUUCACGUUCCGCCACACGCCUGCGCUCCGCGUGGCCACGUUCGGCUGCUGCCGUCUGCCACCAAACCUGGCCGUGGACUUCGCGCUCCUCCAGCAGCUCACGCUUUACAUGGUCACCCUGACGCAGGACGCUCUGAGCGCCCUUCUUUCCAGCUGCCCUGUGUUGGAGAGCCUUCUGCUGGACGAGAACGCGGGCUCUGAGAGUCUCCACAUCAACUCCCAAGCACUCAGGAGCAUAGGCUUCUCGGCCCCUUCAAACAUGCGAGUAGAGCUGGUCAUCGAGGACGCCCCUUGCCUCCACAUGUUGCUGCUACUCAAUCCAGACUAUCGUCAGACGACCAUCCGGGUUAUCCAGGCUCCUAAACUGGAGGUACUGGGUUUUCAGGAAAUAGUUGAUGUUAGCUUGAUAACCACAAUGCACACGCUCAAGGUUUUGGCUCUUGCUUAUGUCGGCCCUGAUUUCGAUGUAGUUCUUGACUUCCUAAGUUUAGCACUAAAAAUGCAAGAGAUUGCGAGGGAUGCUAUGACUUCUGGCAUGUUGGCAGCAAAUAAGCUUGAAGAUGAGCUGUAG